AUGAUGUUUCGUAUUCUGAAGUUGAAGAUGUUGAGUGUUUGUUUUAUCUACAUUGGUUCUCAGAAUCGACAAAAGGAUGGAUCCGAUGCAGUUUAUGUCAAUCCUGGGCACACUGUUCUUGUGCGAGAGUCGAUGAUGACGAUGCAGAAGAGGUUUACAGCAUGGACCAAUCUAUUAAAGAUUGCCACAGUAUUUUUAUGUAGGCAAAAUGACUCAAUUGACUUCCAAAUGAUUCUAUAUUUAAAACAUUUGCUGCACAAUCCACACAAAAUGAAAAACCUGGAGUCAAGAAGACGAAAUGCAGAAGCUAUGAAGUUCAUCCUAUAA